AGGUAGACACUUGACGUCAAGGGUGAAUGUGAGCAUGCGUGAUGAUGAACGUCAACCCCGUGCGUGGCUUUAUGAAAGGCGAAAUCCCUCCAUGGGAAGAGCGUGAGUUAGUAUCUGUUCAGCAGCCCAUCUGUUGAAGAGAGGGACAUUGUGUUUGAAGAACCAGGCUUGAAGACGGUCUCAUCUCUUCCCCGCAGUCCGUUGUGCUCGGGCCUUCCUCCAGCUUCAAAAGUAGGCUAUCUUGCCCCCCCCCUCCCCGCGCAUCGCCUCUACAACACAAACCACGGGGACGAGUGAAGGGACGUAACGUUGGCCGACAAGGGAAGUGGACUCCGGCUUCUCUUUCAUCACACAGAUGCUCCCAGCCGCCCAGCUUGACAGGAGUGAUGGGAUGUGUCAACUAGCAGAUGACGCAGUUCUGGACGAUGUAAUCAGGCUAAAGGAUUCAUCUGCCGUGUUUACACUCAAGCAAGACAGGGGAGGGACAGAAGAAGAAGAAGAAGAGGAAAUCGAAGACGCAACGAUGGGCGUGGGGAAGAAUACCACCUCCAAGUCAUUGGACAGCACCAGUGAGGGAGGAAAAUAUGAUGAGGAAAGCAAACAUGGAGCAGAUUUCUACCCUAUUCCGGUGGUGGUAAACGGAGUGGGCGGUGCCAGUGGAGACCAGGAUACUGAAAACACAGAGCUGAUGGCCAUCUACACUAAAGAAAAUCAAAGAGCAGAAAAGACCUCAAUGUCUGAGACGCUGGACAGCACAGACAGUAUGGAUGCGAGGAGGAUGGAUAUGAUCUAUACCAUUGAAGACACCCCACCCUGGUACUUGUGUGUGUUCCUGGGUUUACAGCACUACCUGACAUGUUUCAGUGGGACUAUCGCAGUGCCGUUCCUCCUCGCCGAGGCCAUGUGUGUUGGCUUCGAUCAGUGGGCCACCAGUCAGCUCAUAGGGACCAUCUUCUUCUGUGUAGGGAUCACCACCCUGCUACAGACCACAUUGGGCUGCAGGUUGCCUCUGUUCCAGGCCAGUGCUUUUGCCUUUCUCGCACCAGCCAGAGCCAUCCUGUCACUGGACAAAUGGAAGUGUAAUAAUACAGAAGUUCCAGUAUUUAAUAGCACAGAGCUCUUUCACACAGAGCACAUCUGGCACCCCAGGAUACGAGAGAUCCAAGGGGCCAUCAUCGUGUCAUCCAUGGUUGAGGUGUGCAUUGGAGCACUGGGUCUACCCGGGAUCCUGCUUAAGUACAUCGGACCUCUGACCAUCACCCCCACUGUAGCCCUUAUCGGUCUGUCUGGUUUCCAGGCUGCAGGGGAGAGGGCAGGAAAACACUGGGGAAUUGCUAUGCUGACUAUCUUCUUGGUGCUGCUCUUCUCUCAGUAUGCCAGAAACGUUCACUUCCCUCUGCCAAUCUACAGAGCCAAGAAAGGUUGGACCUCCUAUAGACUACAGGUCUUCAAAAUGUUUCCAAUCAUUAUGGCCAUCCUGGUGUCAUGGCUGCUUUGUUUCAUUUUCACUGUGACUGACGUUUUCCCCCCGGAGGUGGACAAGUACGGAUUCUACGCCCGCACCGACGCACGUCAAGGAAUCCUCACUGCUGCGCCCUGGUUUAAGAUCCCAUAUCCCUUCCAGUGGGGCGUUCCUACUGUAACAGCUGCUGGCGUGAUUGGCAUGAUGAGUGCAGUAGUGGCCAGCAUCAUCGAAUCGAUUGGUGAUUACUACGCCUGUGCACGUCUCUCUUGUGCUCCCCCGCCUCCCAUCCACGCCAUCAAUAGGGGUAUAUUUGUAGAAGGUAUUUCCUGUGUGCUGGAUGGUCUUUUCGGGACAGGAAAUGGCUCAACCUCCUCCAGUCCAAAUAUAGGCGUCCUGGGAAUCACAAAGGUGGGCAGCAGACGUGUGAUUCAGUAUGGAGCUGCCAUGAUGCUGCUGUUGGGGCUCGUGGGAAAAUUCAGUGCCCUGUUUGCCUCUUUGCCUGACCCUGUCCUGGGAGCUCUGUUCUGCACCCUGUUCGGUAUGAUCACAGCGGUGGGACUGUCCAACCUGCAGUUUGUGGACCUCAACUCCUCCAGGAACCUCUUUGUUCUUGGUUUCUCCAUCUUCUUCGGUCUGAUGUUGCCGAGCUACCUCAAACAAAACCCGCUGGUCACCGGCAUAGUUGAGAUUGACCAAGUGUUGAACGUGCUCCUCACUACUGCCAUGUUUGUUGGAGGCUCUGUCGCCUUCAUUUUGGACAAUACUAUCCCCGGUUCCCCUGAAGAACGAGGCAUCAAGAAGCUGAAACGUGGCUCUGGUCUCAGUACAGCAGAACUGGAAGGGAUGAGAUCUUAUGAUCUGCCGUUUGCAAUGGACUUCAUCCGCAGAUACCCUGUCUUCAAGUACAUCCCCAUCAGCCCCACCUUCACGGGCUACCAGUGGAGGAGGCUAAAGGAAACCCACGGGAUGAGAAUGGGACAUGUGGAUUCGGUGAAGGGAGUGGAGGGAGGUGCAACACUGGGGGAGAGUCGGGUAUAGCCAGUGGGCUGGUGCUAAAAUAUCUUAAAUGUCGCUGAAUUUGGGGAGCAAGGGAUGGUACACUUAGAUAAAAGGAUGGCAGAGUGGAAGACAGACGCGGUGCAGGAUUCAGGAUUUGGUGGAAGAAAAAGUGAUGCCCACCCCCCGUUCUCGUCAGUAUGUGUUUUCUUUAGCUCGUCCAGUCUUUUUUUCACUUCCCACUAUGCUAUUUUAAGCAUGCUUAGCAAGUCACAGCAUGCUUUGAAAGAUGUCACUGUACGGAGGUUAGCUGGUGUGUGUGCAUGUGUGUGCAGAAUGCAGCGAGAGAGCAUGGUUUUGUGCAUCUAUUUAAUUGCACUUCAGUCUAGAAGGAGGCGGAUGGAUGUCAAAUAAUCAAAGCUGAUUGUUUGAUGACUCACUGACUUUUGAUCACUGCGAAGUUUUGCCACCCGCAUCAUUUUAUAAAUCAUUACACUAAAAACAGAGUAGAUUUGAUUAUGUAAAUUGAGGAAUAUGCAAAAUUUCUGCUACGAAUCAUUUGCCACUAGACUUUAUUAUGCAUCCACACUGGAGAUACACAUGCGCGCGCGCACACACACAAAAAUACAUGCACAAAUACAUGCACACACACUAACAGCCUCGGCAGACUAGCUUGAGCACUGCAGUGCACAUUAGGGUCGUGCAGAUUGAUGGAAGCGCUUUGUCAGGUGCCCUUAGCCAUGCAACGUGAUUGUGAAAUUUAUUUUUGCACUAUCUGCCUCCUCAGUUCAAAACCAGAAUGUCACUUUCAUUUCCUCAGUAAAACCCCUCAGAGACCUGUUAAGCAGCACAUCACAUCCACUCAUCUCAUGUUAAAGACCCCCCCUCCCUUUGUAGAGUAGUAGAGUGCUAAUAUUCACAAACCCUCCACUGUAACAUACCAGUUUACAUUUAUGUACUGUGUCAGUAUUAUGCAGUAGUUUCUAACAAGACCAAAACACUAUUUUUCCUGAACACACCCUUGUCUCUUUAGCUGUCAAAUGAGACUUAAUUUGUUUUACAUGUUCUGGAACAAAAUUCAUUCUUGCAGAGUAUGUUUUAAUUUGAUAACCUCUAACCUCUUCUAGCUCACGUUGACUUUAACACAACGAAACAAGUUUUUAACAAUGCCCCCACUGCUGUGAUGACCGCAGUGCAUUUGCAAAAGCCGCAUUAAUGGCGCACAGUAACACGGACAUGUGGCCUUUUCAGGGAGUCUUUGAAACCUUCUGUACGUGAGGCUUAUAAGAUUAAUGACAACAGGAGAGUUUAAUGUUUUCACAGCUGCAUUGUGUGAAUCUUCUCUCCUUGUUUUAAUAUGUCACUAGUGCUCUGCUUCUAGCAGGGAUGUGUGAUGUAGGAUUUACAAAGGUUGCUCGAUAAAUUAAUACACACCUUCCAGCAUAACUGUACUGAGAAGAAAGGGUGUUGAUUUUGUUUGUAUGUGGAGUGUUUAAAUGUAAUAAGACGGUUUUGGAGACUUCAAAUGCCAUCCUUUUUUUUCUCUCUGGAUCGAAUCACAGAUGGUGCAAUCUGUGUUUUAGCAAACAGCACGGUUGCUGAUGUAGUACAGACAGUUUUCACUCAUUUAAUGGAGUUGAUGACUUUCCUUUAUAGUCUUCCUCCUGCUGCUCCUCCCAUCCUUAGUCACCUGUAUGCCUCCCACCCCACUUCAGUUAGCUAACUGCUGAAGUUUUUUUGUUUGUUUGUUUGUUUGUUUUUACAGUUCCUGUCUGAGGUAGUUCGGGCUGUAGCAACACAUUUGGCUGAGUAACAGAAUGUUUACGAGCAUCAGCAGGCUGUCCCUUACUGCCUGCCUCUGCUGCUUUUAAUUGGAAGAAUAGCCAGCAAUUUAAAGAAUACCCCAGAAGAGUUUGCAAAUUGAUCGACUUACUUAUAUAUUUAUCCCAACUGAGAUUUUUACUAAACCAAAAUGUUAAAAGCUCUUUAUUUUUAUUUCUUCUGAACAUUAUGUUACCUUAUACCAAAACUUUGUUUUAAGCAUUGGCCAUGGUUGUUAUAAAGAACUUGGAAAGUUAGUUUCAAAUCUGAUCCCAAAUUUUAUCUUUUUUUUAUUUCUGUUAUUAAAGCUAUUUAUUUAUUUAUGAGAAAAAAGUUGAUGUUUAACAAUUGCUUGGAGCAGGUGUAUGUGGCUCUUGCACAGUGUUCAGAGUAUAUUUAAUAGCUCACCUGUUCAUGUCCUAUAACGAUUGGUGUGGCAAUGAUGGACGACUACUCCUCCACUCUCAGACUCAGCUACAGUCGGUGCUUUUAGAAACACAGCGGGGGACAGCAGGUUUUUCUGUAGAGUGUUUCUAAUGUAAGAUGCUUCAUUUCAUUCCAUUUAUAUCAUAUUUUUAAAAACAAGAGAAAAACACUUAAAUGUUGAACUUAUUUGACUGAUAUUUCAGGUUGAGGGCCUUUUUUUAAAAACACAAAUACUGUUUGCACGUCUAAUAGUGCCAAGAAACAUCAGGGUCAGAGUGUCUAAUACACACUAACCUGAAAAGGUUAACGUCACUAGAACGUCAUAGUGUUAACAACACAAAUGCUGGAGGGGGAAAAAAAAAUCACAUUAUAUGUUGUUUCACAUAGUUGUGUUAGGUAGGAACUUACAGAUGCCUCCUGUCAGUCCAAAGUGAUAACAUGUUAUGCUCUGUGCUUCUAGUUUUUCUGGAUGCCCUCUUAGCUGCGCAAUAGAACUACACAUGCUGGUACUGCACCAAAAUCUGUGACCCGAACAGGAAUUUCAGUAAGCUGUAUUCCUUACUUUUUCAUCAUGACGUUCAUUUAGACGUUAGCACAUAUGAGCCACCCCACAGAAUUUGAUGCAAAUUCUGGCCCACCUAAUGUUUUUGAUUCUGUAAUGACUUCAGUACAUCAAAGUCGCAACUUUCAAACAGCUGUCAAAAUACUACAGGAACACUGGCAUGCAGUAUGCAGUUAAGUAAGAUUUAAAACUGAAAUUCCUCAUCAGAUCACAGAAUCUGUUGAGCCUCAGAAUUUGGUGUAACACUGGCCAAGUUUGUGGAUGUGAUCACACCAAAUAUUUUAUCAUUCUGUUCAGGAAUAAACUAAGAAAUAAACAAGCAGUCUUGAAAUCACAAAAGAGGCUGGGUUACCUUUUGACUGCUCAUGUGUUUAGAAACAGCAAAUCUGAAACUUCCCCAUCCUCAUCUACAUGUUGGCUGAGCUCAGGGCUGGCAGUCGAAAGGCUGUGGGUAAGAAGCAGUGUUAAGGGUUUGUUGGUAAAUUUAGCAGUGUGUUAUUGGCACACCAGCUGGUGUUUUUGGCUUCUUUUCCCGACGCUGCGUGACCUUGCUCCAAGAGCAGGAGGUGAUCAAGUGAAGGUCAGAGAGCAGUCGCAGCCUCUCACACCUUCUCUCUGAGUAAAUGGAGGAUGGUUUGACAGUUUUGGCCCCUCUUCUUCAGCACAGGGCAUGCACUCAUAAUGAUCACAUGCACAUCAUGUGACCUUGUUUUCUGUGUUAUAUCAUGUUCAUGCAACCAGCACUUACAUCACACCCUCUCUCCUCUCUCCACACUCUGGUUACUCCAGCCCCCACCCCCUACCCCCCCAGUCCUGUCCUGACAAUACAGUAUAUAUAUUGGUGUCCUCUCAUGUUUAGCGUACCUGGUUUUGUCUCCAGAAAGUCUCACUGUUGGUGUUUCUGGAUGCAGGAGAAGACACCGACUGGCCACCUCCUUAAGAGCCUGCUGAGUCAGCCUGCCUUAGCACUUUGUGCAUUUGGUAUUUCUCUCAUAUUUUAGGAUCCUAUACAGAUGCGUGUGCGUUUCUCACAUCGCAUAAUUACAAUAAAAACUGGACCUCAAAGCCCAGACUCUGAGUCCAUGGUCCCAGAGUCCCCAUGGUCGGUUUAACCAGCAGAUGGUUCUUGAGAAGGUGAGCGUAAGGUGUGUGACACAAAGACAUCAGUCCCUUUCAGUUAUUUUGAAGGGGGUGCUACCUGAAGAAUAUACUUUUGUGUAUUAAGUGUAUUGUUUUAUCUUUUUCAAUGUUUUUGGUUUUUUUAUACAUUGUUUUCAUGGUUUUACAAGCAAACAUUUGUAAAAAUAAAUAAAUAAAAUCAUCAAAUAAAAUCAACUUUUAAUCUUAGAUCAUGCUGGAAAAUGCACAGUUCCGUUGUACUUUUUAAUUUAAAAAGUGACUACGUUUGUUCCUGUUUUGAAUCUGCAGUUUGUUUGCUAGGACCUUUUCAUAUUGUAUUUUUUUUACUCUUAACAUUGCUCUCUGUCCAUGUUAACACAUUAUCAGUAUAAAAUGACAGAAGGAGAGAAACAUUAAAUAGAUGGGAAAAGAAAUGUAUAUUUCAUGGAGUAAAGUUUGCUAAACCUUCCGGAAGAGAAAAUGUGUAAACUAAUUGUAGAAACAAAAUGUUUUAUUCUUUGUUCCUAAAAAUAUUUAAUAAGAUGUUACAGAAUCAAUGCA